AUACUAGUUCUGUCAAAAAAACGUCAAUUGAAUGUCAUGUCAUCCUCAUCCAGCCGAAUCUUUAUUGGAUUUUAAAGAUAAUUUGCACGCUAGAACUGCAUUUUAAACGAAUACUAACGUAAAUAUAUAUGUGUUAAAAGAUCUGAUAAAAAUGUCUUACAAUUUCGAAGAGUUGAGUUACAACGAGGCUAAAGACUUGCUUCGCCAGUGGAGGGAGAACAAUGAAAGACGGAGUGAGGAUGUGAUGGAGCUGUGGACAACAGUCUUCAGUGAUGACCUUACCAAACUUGGGAAUGAAAAGCAUUUGGUGCUGGAGCAAGUAAUAUAUGCAGCUCUAGACUGCCAUGCCUACGGAGUGGCCACCUUGUGCAUCUACAUGCUGUCUAAUGAGUUUCCCGGCAGCAUGCGUGUCAUGAGAUACAAGGCUGCAUUGCUGGAGGCUGAGGAAAAGUAUGAAGAAGCACUAGAAGUAUUGGACAGCAUAAUCAAAGCUGAUGAGACCAACGCGGCCGCCAGGAAGCGCCGCGUCGCCAUAUUGAAGGCGCAAGGACUGAUCACCGAAGCUAUCAAGGAGCUUGUGGAUUAUCUGAAGAAAUUCAUGUCAGACGUGGAAGCAUGGCAGGAGCUAUGCUCGCUAUACUUACAAGUGCAGGAGUACUCCCGGGCCGCCUUCUGUGCUGAGGAGCUCAUCCUGCAUCAGCCGCAUAACCAUCUGAUGCACCAGCGUCUUGCUGAUAUCCGGUAUACUAUGGGAGGUGUUGAGAACAUGGAGCUUGCCAAGACAUACUACUGUCAAGCAUUGAAGCUGAAUCCAGAGAACAUGAGGGCUUUGCUUGGAUUAUUCUUGACUACCAACAACCUCCUGAACCACUACAAGUCGUCCGGCAACAGCGGCAAGCGCAAGGAGGUGUGGAAGCUGUGCCAGUGGGCGCAGUCCGGGGCGGCGCGGCGCCAGCGAGCGGCCCGGGCUCCGCCCACUCCCGACCUUACGCACAUGAUGCUGGCCCUCGCUAUCACUGACUAGGGAGUUGUGGUGUAUUGGGAAUGAUGUGUGAGAUGGUGAGUUAUAAGUUUAAAUAUGUAGUGAAAAUAUCGAUAUUUCAAGAAGCGGCAUAUUUUACAGCUGGAUGCCGCUGUAUCGCUGACGCUUGUAUAACGUCGAAUAUUAGACCAAUUUAAAGUCUUGUCUAAAAAAUUCUUCUAUUAGUGGAUUAAACAAUUCUCGUUGUAUAACAUUUUGUAACUUCAUGAUAUGCACAGUAACCGGCACGGAUAUUGGGCUCUCGGCGGAAGAGUGGGGAUCGCUUUGCGCACCCGUACGCAUAAGGCAAUAAGGCAGUAAAUCGCUUCUGCGCAGGUGAAGGUCAUGCCUCGAUAUCCGUGCUGAUAACUGUAGUCAAAAUGUACUACAAACUACUUGAAUGGAAAUAUACAAAUGUGUUAAUAUGACCAUACAUAUACAUGUAAUUCAUUCCAAAGCUUAUGUAAAAAUGUCAAUUUUCAUAAUCCAUGUAGAAAAUGUACCAAGUAAACUAUUCUAAAUAUUUAUGUAUAAUUAAUAUAAUUUAGACUUUAAGGGUAUGUUAACUUAUCAAAAGGUUGAGCAUUUAAUGGUGUAUGGAAUGUUUGAUUUUCAAAGUUAGUAUAAUUUUUGUGAAUUAUUUUAAAAUAAAUUAUGUUAUGUUACCACCAA